AUGCGUUCAGAUCUGAUGAUGGAGCAUUUGGAAGAGACUCUAGAAGACGAUAAGGGGCAUCCAGGGCGUCGUAAAACCGGUCUUUGGCGGCGUCGGGGCUACAGUCAGUUGGGACGGCGCAAAACUUCCUGGUACUACUUUCCUACCGUUUUUAGUUCCCGCCGCUCUGCAGAAGCUUCAUUUCUCAUGGUUUUAUGGUCACGGGUGAAAUUUAUCACAGAUGUGCAACUUGCUCUUUCACUUCCCCACAUGGAUCGUGAUGUGUCCGAAGCGGUCAUUUUUACUCACCGUCGAAUGCUGCAGAAAGUUCGCAUUAUUCCAGAGUUCAAGAAAAGAUUGAAACCGAAUUUGAAUGUUCACCAUUGCUCGUGUAGUCAGCGGAAACCAGAGCAGUUUACUACGGGUAUCGCCUACGUUAUGGCUAGUCGGAUAGACUACAGAGGGCCACGAUGUUCUGCAGAGGUCGCAGAUGGACGAGACAGAACCGAGCAAACAGAAGAUUUGAGAACUUUUCCUGUCGUUACUUUAGGUCAUGCUAUGUUUCGGUACGAAGCGAAUACCAAAAUCAUUUCGACUACAAGCGGGAAGUUGUCCGAGAAACAUUUAAAGAAUUGUGGAGAUGACUGUUUUACCUCUGAUCUGCAGCAACCACCUCACAAUCGCUCUGGUCACUUGUACACACGGUAUAGCAUUGUGUCACUCCAAACCCAGUGA